AUGUAUCAGAGUUUUAAGCGAACUUUUAUUUCUGUUAAUUCGCAGUUUUUGAAUAAAAGUGUAUUCGAAAUUUCGGAAGAGGUUAAGAGUGCAUUAAGUGCUAAGAAAGCAGUCGUUGCGUUAGAAUCUGCAAUUAUCACUCAUGGAAUGCCUUAUCCAGAAAACAUUCAAUGUGCAUUAGAGGUCGAAAAUGUUGUGAGGACUCAGGGCGCAGUUCCCGCAACUGUAGCUCUUUUGGAUGGCAAAAUCAAGGUCGGAUUGACAAGGCCUGAACUGGAAAAGUUGGGUGACACCAAAAUAAGCAAGCCUAUAAAAACCUCAAGGAGAGACUUUCCUUAUGUUCUAAGCAAUAAACGAAACGGCGGUACAACUGUGGCGGGCACUAUUAUAGUUUGUAAUGCCUCUAGCAUAACAUUUUUUGCAACUGGGGGAAUAGGUGGUGUGCACAAAAAAUUUGAAAAAACUCUUGAUAUUUCGGCAGACCUUCCAGAAUUGGGACGAUCGAACGUAGCUGUUAUUUCAAGUGGAGUUAAAUCUAUUUUGGAUAUACCCAAAACUCUGGAAUACUUGGAAACUCUUGGCGUCUUCAUUGCAUCGUUUGGACAAGACGCCCGUUUUCCAGCAUUUUAUUCUCGUUCAAGCAGAAGCAAUACGCCGUAUAGUGUUUCAAAUGCUUACGAAGCUGCCAAAAUAGUCAAAGCUCACAAAUCUUUGAAACUGGAAUCAGGUCUACUCUUUGCGGUCCCAGUACCAGAGGAACAUGAACUACCGUUCGAUUUUAUAGACAAAAUUACCAACCAAGCCCUAAUGAAACUCGACGGAGAAGCACAAUUACAAGGCAAGGAUGUUACCCCAUUCCUGUUAGCUGAAAUCGCGAAAGCAACAUCCGGAGCUUCAAUUAAAACCAAUGUGGCGUUGGUGAAAAAUAACGCUAAGGUGGCCGGCGAAAUUGCGCUGCAAUUCUCGAAGUUGGAGAGAAAAGAAACAGAAAUCAAUGCCAAGUCAAAUCGUAAUGGAGAUGCAGUAAUAAUAGGGGGAUGUAAUUUGGAUUGCACCGUCCGAUUGGAAGACGGCGAAUUUAAGACAGAUGGCCGAAUUCAUUUUGGAAAAUUUACAUACACGCCUGGCGGAGUCGGAAGGAAUAUUUGCGAAGCUCUCGAAAAGUUGGGAUGCAACACGAACUUCAUAUCAGCUGUCGGCGACGAUCAUCAAGGUCGUAUGUUGACAGCUACAAUUCCCAAAAAGUCGCUGAAGCAUGUGGCAAUUCAGGACAAUCAUAGUUCUGCACAAUGUAUUGUUGCUUUGGACAAUGAAGGGCAGUGCUUGUUUUUAAUGGGAGACAUGAGAGUCCACAGCAACAUUACACCAAAAUUGAUUUUGGAAAAUGAAGAAGUUUUUAGUAACUCGCCGCUUAUUAUAAUUGACUCCAAUAUUGGACUAGAUACAAUGGAAGCGGUUUUUAAAAUUGCGAAGAAAUCCAAUAUUGCAGUGUUUUAUGAGCCAACGGAUGUCACGGUAGCAGAGAAGCCCUUUUGCGCCCAGCAUUGGGACUCAAUUAAAUUUAUAACGCCAAAUGUAAACGAAUUUGUCCGAAUCUGUGAGCACUUCAAUCUCCAGUCACAGGAAAAGAUUGAUGGUGAUCUGAAAAGAUUAUCGACGAAAGCUCGCGCAUUAGCAAAAUACAUUGACAACGUAAUAAUAACAUUAGGACCGGACGGAGUUUUAAUUGCAAGAAAAGAACUGUCAACUGAUUCAACUAACGACAUUUCGGUACGGCAUUAUCCGACUAAAAGAGUAGAACACUUCGCGAAUGGAUUACCUGAGGAAAUCUGCGUUUCCGUAGGACUAUCUGCCGCUCUGACGGCAUUGCACAGUCAGGCUCCGGUGGCAGAACGAAUACUCGAUGAAAAUCAUCCGUCGUGGACCACUUACGCUGAAUAUACUCCAAUGUUAUAAUGUCGAGUAUCAAGUAUAUUAAUGAUUUAUAUUUUUUUAAUAUUUGCAAACUAUUUUUUCCAUGUCUUCUUAUAUAUGAAGACUU